AUGAGCGAAGAAGCGUUAGAAUCUGGAGGCCAUGGCGCUAUCAAGGCUGUCGAAGAGGCAGGAUUUAGUGCAGACCUCAAGGCACAACUCGAACAGCGCAUCGCAUCCGCAAACCUCAGAUCUUCCGAAGCAGAGCUGCCCGACUACGCCUCUCGCCACACACGCGACCUUGCCACAACCGAAGCGUGGACCGGCACCGAGUCUCUCCACGAUGCUAGCCUGCGCAUGCUGAACGAUGCCCAUAAGCCGUUGCGACUAGGGAGACCACCGAAAAUGCCCGGCGUGCCGAUACCGCAGUCAAUUGACACCGGACAUAGUCGGAGCAAAGAGGGUCGUGGCUUGCGAUUAGCCAAUGCACGCGACAGGAGUACCGUGUAUGCAACAAUCAAGGACGACGAAAACAUGGAAGCUUUCGACCGGGAGAAGCGCCUGCAGGAGCUCAAAGACCGCUUCGAACCGCAUGCGCGUGCCAUCGUUCCUGGGUCCAUCCAAGGACUUGCCUCUCUUGCGAAUAAAAGGAUCGAAGAUGCAAUUGCUCGUGGCCAGUUCAAGAACAUAGCUCGUGGAAAGACGGCAAACGUGGAGCGAGACUACAAUGCAUCGAGCCCAUUCAUCGAUACGACCGAGUACUUCAUGAACAAGAUUAUACAAAAGCAGGAAAUUGUGCCGCCGUGGAUCGAGAAGCAACAAGAGCUCACAGCGACAGCAAGCAAGUUCAGGAGUCGUUUACGGGCGGACUGGAAGAGACAUGCUGCGCGUGUGAUAGCCAGUAAGGGCGGAUCACUGCUGGACCAAAUCAAAAGAGCAGAAGCGUUUGCCAAGGCAGAGCUCAUUGCGAAUCCUCUGAAAAGGAAACAAGAGACGCUUACCACUGUGGACGAUGAUGGGAAUAUGUCACAGAUUACGUUAUCGGGGGGGCUGAAGGUGAAUCCAGCAGGCGAAGGGUCGAACGGAGAGCCCGUGGUCACGGAAGAGGUUGUAGCGAAGAUGGUCACACUCGAUGCGUCGCCAGAAGCUGUAGCGCAGGACCCAGGAGCAGCCACUGUAGCAGAUACGACUACGCAAACCAUGGAAGUACCUGUCCCCACGCCUGAGCCGGAAGUGCCACCUGCACCUUAUCCCUUCCGUGACCCUGAUUGGGAACGCAUUGAAGGUAGCUACUGGACGGUCGCUAUCAAAGACCUGAACGACAAGGCGCGCAGCUACAAUCUCCUAGCACCCGAGCUAGCUAAGAGGCCUUACUUCAACCUGCAACGCGAGCUGAACUCCUGCUUCGCCGACGUCGCGCCUCAGCUUGCCGGGGCCAUCCUCGAGCGUGCGCGGAAACCACCUAAGAAAGUGGAUAGCUGGCAGAGCUCCAGCCAGAAGAGCGUGCUGGACAACAUCAUUGGAGGGCCAGUUCGCGUGCGCGACGAACGUCGCGAGAAACAAUACGGCUUCAGGCAGUUUUGGAAAGAUCUCUGGGCCGAUAAGUCAAGCAAUCCGUAUUGA